UUCCAGUAGGGCUCCCGGCCGCCUCCGGCAGAUCCGUCGCCAUGGAGGAAGAAACCGCCGUUGCAGACUGGUCGGCGCUGCCGGAGGACAUCAUCAUCACCGUAAUGGGGUGUUUGUCCGUCCUCGGCGACCUCGUCCGCUCCGGCGCCGUCUGCUCCACCUGGCGCGACGCGUACGCCACGUUCCGGCGACUCCACCUGCCGUCCACGACGGCGCAGCCGCCGUGGUUGCUCUACGCCUGUGACGCCCACGGCCCCGCCGCCGCCGCGCUCUACUGCCCUGCCACCGGCAAGUCCCUCCGUGUCCCGCUCCCGGCCGCCCUGCUCGAUGGCCGGCCCGUGAUCGGCGCGUCGCAGGGGUGGCUGGUCACCGUCGACGAGGCGCCCAACCUCCAUCUCGUUCUCGUCAACCCCAUCACCGGCGCCACGGCGGCGCUCCCGCCCAUCACCACCCUCCACAACGUCGAGAGGUUCACGAGCAAAAAGGGCAAGACAAGAUACAGGGUGUACGACGACAUGGGAUACAGCGAGGCGUCCCUUGAGUACUCGCCGGCGCAGGCGAGGGAAUGGGUGUACCACCAGGUGGUCCUCUCGCGCAGCCCCGCCGAGGGGAGCGCCUGCGUCGCGCUCCUCCUGCACCGGCCGGACGGCUAUGUCUCGUUCGCGCGGCUCGGCGACGAGCGGUGGACGCCAGUCGCGUACCCGGGACAGGACUGCUCCACCGGCUGUCGCCACGCCAUCUACGAUGACGCCGAUGGCCUCUUCUACACGUUGCGGUACGACGGCUCCGUCUACGCGAUCGACGUCCCUCGCGCCGCGGCCGCGUCGUCGCCGCCGGCGACGAGAGAGGUCAUGCGGAGUGUGACGAACGCGGACAACGGCAGCAAGUACCUCGUCAGGGUGCCAUGUUCCGGCGAUCUCCUGCAGGUCUGGAGGUUCGUCGACUACGACGACGGCGACGAAGUCGAAGAGGAUGAAGACGCUGAAGAUUUACCACUCGGCACCAAGCACCUGCAGAUCUUCAAGGUCGACGGCGGCGAGCAGAAGCUCGUGGAGGCGUCGGCGGCGAGCUUGGAGGAUCAUGUCCUCUUCCUCGGUCACGGGUUCUCGGCGUGCUUCCCGGCCGAGCACUUCCCGGCGUUGAAGCCCGGCUGCGCCUACCUCGCCGAUGACCACGAACUCGUCAGCGUGAGUAAGCAUUGCCGGCGAGACAUUGGCAGAUGGGACAUGAAGAGAGGUCAGAUGGAAAGGCUCUCCGGCGAAGAUGACGUGGCGGCGCCGUCUCAGCCUUGGCUCAACUGGCCAUCUCCUGUCUGGAUCACGCCAACAUUCUACUAGCGCAUCUCGUGCCUUUAGUUAGCACCCACACAUUUUAUUUAUUUUGUCAAUACGAAUUAUUGUUCUCUUGUGAAGCAUCAAGUAGUUUCUCGUGGAAUGAUGGCCAAUUCGGUCUUUUGAGUUUUCUAGUAUCUGUGCACAUGCAACAUACGUUCUAAAUGUCAUGUUUAAAUG